AUGACCGAAGGUGGUACAUACGUCAUUUUAUUCUCUUACACAUUCCUGAAUUUGUGCUGCCAGAAGAUUAAUUUGCGUUACUAUCACAGUUUCCUAAGAAGUAUGAGAGAUGACUUUUUAUAUGCAUGCACAGACGGGCAAAGAUAUCGGAAAAGAUUUUUUAAAAGUCAAUUGGUAACUUGGAAACUUUGUGUACUCUGCUUCCUCUUAUUUAUUAGCGCAAUCGUUUUGGUUGGAAUUGGAUGCACCAUGCUGAUCGUGUACUUGAUGAACCGUGUUCCUGAUGACCCGAAUGACAAAGGACGUCCUCUUCUGUUCCCCGUGUGGUGGUUCGACACAGACGUCAGCGCAACGCCUUAUUUUGAAUUCUUCUUCACAUACACCAACUACACAAUAUUGAUGAUUGGAUAUGUCUACUGUUACAUGACACAGACGCAACUGGUAUGGGUCCGACAAAUAACGACUAAGUGUGAUCUCAUAAUUUAUGCAAUUGAAGACCUGAUGGAAGACAUACAGCCAACGAGUGACCCUGAGGAGUUAGAAAGAUACAAUGGUUUGAUAAAAAAAAGAUUUGGAACAAUUAUAAAGCAACAUCAUGCCAUGCUAAGAUUGCUUGAAGAUUUCGCAGGAGUAUACAAAAAGUUACUUAUGUAUGAACAAAAGUUAGGAGGCCCUGUAAUAUGUUUUACAGUGUAUGCAAUGACUGAGAAAUGGGCAAAUGACGGACAAUUGCAUCCAGUCUUGAUAAUACUUUCUGUGUCAGUAUUCGUGGUAUGCAUCAUACCUAGUUACAUGUGCACUAUACUUGGAGAAAAGAUUCGAUCAAUCAGCGACGCGUGUUUGUACAUGCCAUUCUGGAACGCAAGUAAAGUGGUGAGGCCCUACUUGGUGCUGCUGAUGCAACGGUCGUUGAGGUCUCUGCCACUGCAAGCUCCGGGGUUUGAAGAUGUUUCGCUGCAAACGUUCUCUAGUAAUAUGGCGGCAGCUUACUCCAUGUUCAACAUGUUGAGACAGACAAACCUUGGGAGCACUUUAAAUUAGUGAAAUCUCUCUACACAUUUAAACCGAAAAAUAGCACUGUAAUAAUA